UAUCUCACUUCCGCAUUUAAACGCGGUUGUCACUCUCGAAACUUUGCCUUGCAUGACUAGUGUAGGGAAAAUCCCCGUCGGACCACAUGAGCACCACCUUCCUGCUGCAGCAGAAGUUGUUUGGCUUUAUAUUGUGUAAAAUUAGAGUUUAGUAAUUAGUAACGACACUCUGGACUUGACACUAACUUUACGCAGUACGCGUGAAGAAGCCUUUAUUUUUAAACGUUAAGCAGAUAUGUGAACAUUAAAUCAAAGUUUUUGACACAAUGUGCAAAACAACAAUCAAUUACUGACUUGUAAACCAAGUGUCACAACACCUCCGGUCUUCUCUGCAACAAGUUUAGACAAAGACUGCUUUAUGUGUAACCAACUUGACAGUAGGGACUUCCUGGAGAUUCGGACAGCAGCACCUCCUCUUUCACUUUCGGUUCGGACGAUUAUUACCAUAAAGUGGCUAGACGGACUCUAAAGACAGAUAAGCAUGUGUUCGUGAUGUUUUCAUAAUCCAGGUGUGGGGGAGCAAUGACGUUCAGGAGAUAUUUUAGAUCUUGAUUGUUUCCUCCCUGUCUCAUCCCUUUAGUUGUGAUUGUGACCAUCUUUAAGUCAAGGCUGAGUAGCACUAUGAGUGCUCACCAGUUGGUCCUAAAACAGCGAGCAGAGCUUCUGUCAGUCCUGUGUGGCGGAGGGAGCGCCGAACCUCUGGACUGUGUUCUGGACCUGCUUCUGGCUUGGGAGAUUCUUGUUUGGGAGGAUUACCUAAGCAUACGAGUGGCGGAGAAAUCUCUAUGUUCCAAUGUCAGGCAACUUUUAGAUGUGGUGUAUGAUAAAGGAGAAGAUGCAUGCAGCCUUCUCUUGGCUGCGAUGAACCAGGUCUUACCUGAGGAGCAAAAGGCUGGGCUGUCUUUUGGGAAAGAAUGUGCUGUGGUGGACAAGAACAGACCAGACACUGCAGCUUCAAUGUUAUUGGCUGACAGGCCAGUGUUAGUGGGAAAGCUCAGAGAUAAUAUUGACGGAGCAUUAAAUGCCUUACUGACAACUGGGUGCUUCACCAUUAAAGAUUGUGAUGCGGUGCAACUACCUGUAUACACACCCUCACAACAGGUCCGGAGGCUGUUAGACCAAGUGAGGUUUAAAGGAGAAACUGCUGCAAAGACCAUACUACAAUAUCUAGAACAAACAGAGCCAACCAGACCAAACCCUGAAGAUAAAGAAAAUCACCUUUCUGCCAAUGUAUUGCUGUACCAGAAGAAGCUGCGAAGCUCUGUUGCUGCCCAGUCCCACUCCCUUAGCACCUAUGGCGGGACAGGACGUUUCUCCUUGGAUGACAUUUACACCGACGGACUUCUUGAAGUGAUGAAUGGCUCUGGUGAAACUACUACGCUAGGGCUGGAGGAUGUGGUGGGUCCCUUGGGGACUCUUAAUGAAGAUGCUGACACCGUUCUUGUUUCUGGGGAGGCAGGAAGUGGCAAAAGCACACUGCUUCAGCGACUGCACUUGCUCUGGGCAAGAGAAGCUUUGCUCACAAACACUUUCCUGUUAUUCCCCUUCAGUUGCCGCAAGCUAAAUGCAGAGCACAGAGAGCUAUCUCUGAAAGAGCUCCUCUUUCUGCACUGCUGCUGGCCCGAUCGAGGUCAGGAUGAGGUUUUCCAGUUCGUCCUAGACCAUCCUAAUUUGGUCCUCUUUACCUUUGAUGGACUCGAUGAGUUUAAACAGGGUUUCACAGAUGAAGAACGCCACUGCUGUCCUACAAAGCAAGUGCCUAUACCUGUUUUGCUUUUCAAUCUGUUGCAGGGUACUCUAAUGAAGGGUGUUAUGAAGGUGGUCACUAGCAGGCCACAGGCUGUGGGCCCAUCGCUGAAGCGCUAUCUCCGCAAAGAAGUGCUCUUGAAGGGUUUUUCUCCUGGAGGUAUUGACUGCUUUGUUAAGAAACAUCACAGCGACCCGGCUAUGGCUAGACGUGUCAUAGAGUCCCUCCAGGCUAACAUGGUGUUGCUAAGUCUUUGCCACAUUCCAGUCUUCUGCUGGAUUGUGACCAAGUGCCACCAGGAGCUUCUGGCUGGUCAAGAUAGUGUUCCCCAGACUAUCACUGAUGUUUACCUCCUGGUCUUACAGCAUUUCUUCCAGCGAAAGUCAUCUCAGUCUCAAGGAGUCCUGGGAAAAGCCUGGUUGGAGGAACAUCUGGACACAGUGUUAAAACUCGGACAGCUUGCAUUGGAAGGUCUGGAAGCCUCUUGUUACGUGUUCUCAGGAUAUGAGCUACAAAGAAAUGGGCUCACAGAACAGGAUGUCAGCAUGGGUUUCCUCAUUUACUGCAAUGACCUAUCUGUUACAGAUUGUAAACGCUAUGAAUUUAUCCACGUCACCUUACAAUGUUUCUUCGCCGCUCUUUAUGUCGUUCUGAAUCGUAAUGGCGAUCGCUCCGCAAUCUCCAGACUCUUUCAGCCUCAGUACAGGCAGCUGUCGGGCAGAUCUCAAAGAUGUCUAGGACACUGUAUUGACAGUUCUGUAGAGGAGGUGGAGUCCCAUGUGACAGAGACACCGAACCUCCAGAUUACAGCUCAGUUUGUGUCAGGACUUUUAUCCCGGCGGCACCAUUAUCUCUUGCUAGAAUGCUGUCCUGCUGCUGUGUGGGAACGCAAGGUCAAGCAGGUAGUGAAGUUGUUGUCUAAAGGUAUGCAGAGACAUUUCAAGUCAAUUCCUCGUCCUGUAGAGGGUGAAAAGAAGAGCAUGCAUGCCAUGCCAAGUUUUGUUUGGCUAAUUAAGUGUAUCUAUGAAAUGCAAGACAACAGUAUUGCUCAAGAUACCAUGGCUAAGCUGGACGUUGAGCAUCUGAAGCUCACCUACUGUAACAUUGGACCUGUGGAAUGUACUGCGCUGGCAUAUGUGCUAAAAUACCUGCGGAAUCCUGUUGGGCUCCAGUUGGACAACAAUUCAGUGGGAGAUGUGGGCGUGGAGCAGCUUCUCCCAUGUCUACACAUUUGUCACUCCCUCUAUUUAAGGAACAAUAACAUAUCUGAUGAAGGAAUCCGGAAACUUCUGGAAAAGGGAAUGACGUGUGAAAGCUUCCAAAAAAUAGCGCUUUUCAACAACAACCUCACAGAUGCUUGCACCCAACACUUUGCUUUGCUGUUAAAAUCAAAGCAGAACUUCCUAGCUUUGAGGCUUGGAAAUAAUAACAUCACGUCGCAGGGAGCAGAGCAACUGGCAGAAGGCCUAAGCUACAACCAGUCUUUGCAGUUUCUUGGAUUAUGGGGUAAUAAAAUUGGGGACAGGGGAGCUGAGGCAUUGGCAUCUGCUCUGAAAAACAGCACAUCGCUGAUAUGGCUAAGUCUGGUGGAUAAUGGUGUGGGCAGUGCAGGUGCAUGCGCUCUUGCUGAACUCAUCAGUCAGAGCAAAACUAUGCAGGAACUGUGGCUAAACAAAAACUGUAUCACCAGAGAGGGGGUUGAAUGUCUAAUAGAGGCACUAAAAAUGAACACUAGUAUUAAGGAAGUCUGGCUGAAAGGAAAUAAUCUGCGCCCAGAGGAAGAGGAGGAGCUGAGCAAGCAGGAAAGCAGAUUGACCUUUUGAGGGCAAGACGGCUUUGUAAUGCCUACCACCAAACUGAAAAAAAAAAAAGACUGGACCUAGCUGAGGCACACAUACCCAAAAGCAGGAAGCCUUUGUAAAUUGCUUACAUGUGACCCUGGACCACAAAACCAGUCAUAAGAGUCAUUUGUUUUUUUAAAUUGAGAUUUAUGCAUAAUCUGAAAGCUGAUAAAUAAUCUUUCUAUUGAUGUAGUGUUUGUUUGACAUAGAUAGGACAAUGUUUGGCUGAGAUACAACUAUCUGAAAAUCUGGAAUCUGAGGGUGCAAUAAAAAAAUAAAAAAAUAAAAAAUUGAGAAUCACCUUUAAAGUUGUUUAAAAAAAAAUCUUAGCAAUGCAUAUUACUAAUCAAAAAAUAAGUUUUGAUAUAUUUACGGCAGUAAAUUUACAAAAUAUUUUCAUGGAACAUGAUCUUUACUUAAUUUCCUAAUAAUUUUUGGCAUAAAAGAAAAAUCGAUAAUUUUGACCCAUACAAAGGCUGUUGGCUGUUGCUACAAAUAUAGGCUAUCCGUGUUACUUAUGACUGGUUUUGUGGUCUAGGGUCACAUAUGGAGUUUAGAUAUAGCUUAAAAGCUAUGACAAUGAUGGAGAAACCUCACAAAUAAGUAACAUUCAAACAGUCAAGCCAGUACACAAACUGAACUUAUAAAGGAGAGACAAGUAAUACACAGGAUUUUCCUAGUGCUAUCCCUUGCACUCAUUAUCAGUUUACAUUUGUUAGGAUACUAGUUUAUUUUAAUAAUAUGUGUGUUUUUGUAUAUACAUAAUCUAUUGAAGCUCUGUUACUUGCAUCACAGAAUACCAGAGUUAUGAUGGUUUUGAAUACACCUUCUGUGACUUAUAUUAAGCUGCAUAAUAGCCAAAGAUUUAUUUGUUUAUUCGUUUUCACACAAAAUGAAAUGUGUUUACUGAUACAGGAGCUUCCAUCCUCAAUCUGUGUAAAGCAUGCUGUAAAAAGUACAACAUGAAUAACAAUAAUAAUAAUAAACCUCUUGGUCAAAUUUGAAUUAAAUAUGCAUCUAUAGUUGCAGUACGCAUUUAGACAUAAUGCUUGAGAGAACUGAAAGGAAAUAAACUGAUGUACAACCUGUCACAUUGCCAGUUCCUUAAACUCCUCAUCCAAACUACUGGAAAACCCCAAGAGGUGGGGCGAAAUAAAAGACACCCGAAUUGACCAA